GUGGACGAGCGAUGACAGCCAUGCUGAGCCCAAAGAUCAGACAGACCCGGAGAGCCAGGUCCAAGAGCAUGGUGAUGGGCGAGGUGUCUCGAGGCCCGUGCCGGCCGGCCUCCCCCAGCCUCCAGGAGGGGGCGCUGAAGGCUGGCUGGCUGAAGAAGCAGCGAAGCAUCAUGAAGAACUGGCAGCUCCGCUGGUUCGUGCUGCGCUCAGACCAGCUCUACUUCUACAAGGACGAGGAAGAAACCAAACCACAGGGCUGUAUACCCCUGCAAGGAUGCCAAGUCAACGAACUGACAGCGAACCCAGACGAACCAGGACGACACCUGUUUGAGAUCGUACCAGGUGGAACCGGAGAGAAGGACCGGGCCCCCAUCAGCCAUGAAUCCUUCCUGCUCAUGGCAAACUCCCAGACGGACAUGGAUGACUGGGUAAAGGCCAUCCGACGGGUCAUCUGGGCGCCGUUUGGAGGAGGGAUCUUUGGCCAGCGUCUAGAGGACACGGUGCAGUAUGAGAAGAAGUUUGGCCCCCGCCUGGCACCCCUGCUGGUGGAGCAGUGUGUGGACUUCAUCAGAGACAGGGGUCUGGAUGAGGAGGGUCUCUUUCGGAUGCCGGGACAGGCCAACCUCGUCAAAGAGCUGCAGGAGGCCUUUGACUGUGGGGACAAGCCUUUGUUUGACAGUAACACAGACGUCCACACGGUGGCAUCCUUGCUGAAGUUGUACCUCCGAGAGCUGCCUGAACCAGUGAUCCCCUUCUCCAAAUAUGAAGACUUUCUAACCUGUGCACAGCUUUUGGCCAAAGAUGAGGAGGAGGGGGUCCAGGAGCUUGGAAAGCAAGUCAGCACUCUACCUCUAGCCAACUACAAUCUCCUCAAGUACAUAUGCAAAUUCCUUGAUGAGGUCCAGUCCCACUGUAAUGAGAACAAGAUGAGUGUCCAGAACCUCGCCACAGUUUUCGGACCAAAUAUCCUUCGACCUAAGAUGGAGGACCCAGUCACUAUCAUGGAAGGUACAUCUUUGGUCCAGCACCUGAUGACUAUCCUUAUUAGGGAACACAACCGUUUGUACUCAGGGAGGGACCAGGAAGGGCUCGCUCUAUCCCAGACUGAGCUCCCAGUCCAGGGGCAUCAGCUCCAGCACCGCAGCUUAGGUGCUUGGAUCUCUGAAGAGGACCUGCAGACCUGCCCCGUCUCCAACCCCGACCAAGAACUGCACAGCAGUGCCUCGUCUCUGGAUGCCAAACUGUGUGCAGCCGUCACUCCCACCCAGACCCCCAAUCCAAACCCUGGACCAAAACUUGGGUCUCCAUCAGGGAAGGGCGAGACGGUGGUCAGCCCGAGCAAACAAGCCAAGACCAUGCCUUCCUGGAAAUACUCCUUCAAAAGCUCCUCAGCACCUCGUUCCCAACCGCAAGCCAAGCAGAGCAGCAGCGGUGGCUCAGUGGCAGAUACAACCAGUGUAUCUUCUGGUGGUGGUGGAGGCGGAAGUGGAGGUAACUGGCUCAUGAAUGGUUUGUCCUCCUUGAGGGGACACCGGCGCACAUCUUCAGGCGAGCGCUCCGCCCGUGACCGUGACUCCACCGGUUCCUCCCAGAGGCUGUCCACCUACGACAACGUCACCUCCUCCUCAAGCAUGGGAAGUGUUCCAAGUGUAUCCAGCACACCGUGGUCCACGUCCUCCUGUGAGAUCUCUGUCCCAGACUCCGGAAGCGAGCCCUCGCCACAUCAGAACUGUCGAGGUGGGGUAGAGGGUGGAGAAAAGGGGGAGUGGAUGGAAGGCCAGAGAGAUAUUGACAGAGGAAGGGAUGGAGGGAUGACGACAGAGCCGAGCUCUGAACAGGACAGUUGUGAGGCCAUGGAGUUGUGCAGCAGUAGUGCAGUCUGCAGCGAGAAUGGAAACAUGGCCAUGGCCCCCGGGGUGCCGUCCAUCAUCAUGUCUGAAGAUGGAGAUGGGACAAACCUAACACUCAGCAGCUUGGUGGAAGGACUGAAGGACGAGUUGAGAAAACAGAAGACUUCAUAUGAGACCAGGAUCCAAAAACUGGAAGAGUCCAGCGCUGCUCUGUGUGCCCAGAUGGAGCGUUUGGAGCAAGAGAUGGAGCAGGAGAAGAAGAAGCAACGCAUGCUGGAAAUCAAACUACGAAACUCCGAGCGGGCACGAGAGGACGCAGAAAACCGCAACCGGCUGUUGGAGAAGGAAAUGGAGGAUUUCUUUUCCACACUGGGGGAUCUGGCCCUGGGUGCGAGGACUAGUGACAUUUGAAACAGCGUGGCCUCUCAUCCGUCUGGGGCCAACCCUGUCGCUGUGGUCCAGGUUUAUAUUUCAGGGCCUUUUAAGGGCUCACACCGUCCUCAGUGCAUCGGGAUGUUCCUUCAAAAGAAGACUUGAACGAGAAAAUCAAGGAAAGGUGCAGAUUCAGGACAAGUUGAAGUAUAUUGAAGUGUAAAGAUGAAUUCUGAAGGAAGUAACUGACAGACUGAGGGAUCCUUACUAGAAUGACCUCCGCUGAGCAAUGAGCAGUUUUGACUUUCUUACGCAUGCUUGAAACUGAACGUUAAGAAGAUGGCCCUCUGUAUAAGGAGUCUAGGGUUCGUCUUGUGAAGGCAGUAUUUUAAACGGUUCAGGUGCCUGUAACAUGACCGGUGGGACACAAUGUAAUUUCCCUGACAUUCUCUGUAAUGGAGAGCACUGACUUCUUCAACCACUACUUCACAAGUACACUAAGUGAAUGGAUUUUGUGCUGAAACUGUAAGACUUGUUCAAAACAUCAAUGUUGAAUGCAGACAGCUGACUGAUAUUUAUCUUUAUGAGGUAUUUAUCUCAAAGCAAUAGUUUGACAUUUUGGGAAAAGGGCCUAUUUGCUCUCUUACCUAAAAUUAGACGAGAAGUUUGAUGCCACUUUCAUGUCUGUAGGUCAAAUAAGAAGCUACAGCUUGAAGCUAGUUAGCCUAACUUAACAUAAAGAGAGGGAAAAAGCUAGCCUGUAGCUCAGCAUGACGGUAAAAAUUAAACACCAUCAUCACUUGUAAAGCUAACUAGUUAUAUCUCAUUUGCUGAAUACUUAUAAAAACUGAAAUGUAAAAAAACACAAGUAGUGCUUUUUACAGGAGGUUACAGUCUUAAUGCUAACCCAAGCUAGCUGGCUCUAGCUUCAUCGAAUUUAGCAGUGUCAGUCUGCUUCGCUCACGUCUUCGCUAACUUUUCUUCCCAAAAUGUCAAACAAUUUCUUAUACUGCAGGGUCGGUUCAGCCUGUAGUGGAAGCUACCAAGUUACUUUCUUUUUGUCCAGGCUUUGAAAAUACAGAAGAAUUGAAAUUGUAAUUUUUCGAGUGUGGUUUUAAUGCUGUGAGCACCAGACAUGGAUUUUUAAAGUGGGGUGGUGGUGGUGGCCAAACUCCAAUUAUGUACAGUGUAUCUCUAAACCUGGGCAAAUGAAAGUAUUUGUAACCACUAGUUGUAAGUAUUUUUAUGUCAUUUGGGUGAACUGACUCCUAAAUAACCGUGGUAGCUUUAGCAGAGGUUCCUCUACUUGCAAUUAUCGUCCUCCAUAUUUAUACUGCAGACAUUUUUUUUUGCCAAGUGUUUUACUGUGGAAUCCAAUUUGUGUAACUUAACACAACCAGGUUUAACUAGAUUUUCCAAACAGUUUAUUUUGGAGAAACGCUGAAGCAUUAACAGAUGGGACUUCUGCCAUAGCUGCCUCUAAAUCCUUCUUUGUCCUCAGGCCCUUCCAGUGCCUCUAUCGUCACCAUCUUCAUGGUUUCCAAGUCCAUUUGAUGGCGAAGCCUCAGUCUUCGGUUCUCUCCGAUCCUCACUGAUGUCAAUAUACCUUUAAUGUACAGAUAAUAUCACAGGGACAAUGAAAACAAUUCUUCAAGCAUUUUCAUCUUGCGCAUGCUGCAUGGCACACAGGACAUGUGGCUCAUUUACAGUACUCAGUAAAUACCAAAGCUGGACCGCCUCAGCUGUUCGCUCACUACAGAUCAGAAUGGCCUGCCUGGAAGCCAUGUUGAUUUUGGCACAUGAAGCUGAACACUGCCCUCAAAGAAACAAUGGAGUUUCCUGGUUGUGCCUUCAGGGAAGUGUUUUUAAAUAGGAAAAAAUGUAGUGUUGCUUGCUUGUCCAGAGAUGUAGUGCAUAUAUUCGCCCAUAGUACACACAGUGGCUGCAUUGUUUUUGUUUCUUUUUUAUUAUUAUGGAACAAACUGCUGAUGCUGAAGAAUCCCUAGAAGGUGCCAAUUCUUGUGAAAGUGAAUCGUGAAUUGAAUGGAAGUUUUUGCAUUAAGAAUGUAUCCUUGUAGUGAAUGUAAUGUGUUGUUGACGAAACCAGCCCUAUGGAAAAAAAAAAAUGUGUAUGUUUUUCAGAGGGGAGAGAAAAACAACUCUAACUCCAUAUACCAUUAGACUCGCAUAUCAGGCUCCAGCUGGGCUGUAUGGAAGACCAAACCUGCCAAAAGCAAAACAAAUACAGAAAUUAAUACAUGACUCAAUAGCUAUAUUAUUAUGCCUU